AUGGAUGGUGAAGAGGAGAAUGGAGCUUCUGGAGGGGUGGAUAGCACUGAGGGCCAAGGUCAGGAAACAACACUCUCAGACCUGGUUUCCCUCUUCGGUCCCACAUGUGGCAGCAGGAGGCCAGACAGAAGGAGGAAAAUGCCCAGCAAGAACAGUGCUUCAGAGCACUCCAACACCAGUUCCAACUUUUGCAGUUGGGAGUGCAUGAAGUCCCUGAAUCCCUGCAAAGAGAGCCAGAACAAUCAGACUCUGAGCCUUUGGAAGUUAAUGCAACUUCACAAGCUGCUCCCACUAGUGAGACUGUAA